CUCGCAUCCCUCCUUUCACAACCAGUUCCCUUCUCUUCGCUUCGAUAUCAUCGAUCCCAUCGAGAAUCGUGAAUAGAGAGAGAGAGAGAGAGAGAGAGAGAGAGGAGAAGAUGCUGCUGGGGAAGCGCCCGCGUCCUCCGAUGAGGAGAACGACGAGCAUGACGGAAUUCACUCUCGAUAUCAGCGGGAUCGAAGGGAUGCAACCACAGCCGUCCGAUCAAAGAGGACAUCAGAAGACGGUAUCGGACGGUGGUGCGGGCAGGAGACAGACGGAUGGAUACAUGACUGCGGUGUCUCCCAAGAGCCAUAGGAGGGGUACUGGUGAUUUUCUUGAGACUGCACCUUUCUUGAGAGCUUGUGGACUUUGCAAGAGGAGGCUGGCGCCCGGCCGUGAUAUCUAUAUGUAUAGGGGGGACACGGCAUUUUGCAGCUUGGAGUGCAGGCAGCAGCAGAUGAAUCAAGACGAACGGAGAGAGAAGUGCUCCUUGGCAUCCAUUAAGAAAGAAGUUGCUUCUUCUAAUACUUCAGGAUCCGAUGCUUCCAACAAUGGAGAAACGGUGGCAGCCGCGUGAUGUGGAAGAGGACACUCGAAAAUGAUCGGAUCAACGGCGCUGCUUAUAUGAGAAACUGAAUGCAGUAUCUUUUUCUUCUUCUUCCUUUUUUUUUUUUUUUCUGAAAAACGAAACUUUGAAUGUGUGGAUUGUGUUCGUGUAUGAAGGACUGCAAAUUCCAUGACGAUCGACCAUCUAACUUAUACAAUCACAUGCUUUUACUU